AGCCUGACUAGGAGAAGGGGCCGCGCCCGCCAUGGAGCUGUACGGGAAGAUGGCCACCGCUCAGGACGCCCGGUCUGGCCAGAAGGACUCCUCCGACCAGAACUUUGAUUACAUGUUCAAGCUGCUCAUCAUCGGCAACAGCAGCGUGGGCAAGACCUCCUUCCUGUUCCGCUACGCCGACGACUCCUUCACGUCCGCUUUCGUCAGCACCGUGGGCAUCGACUUCAAAGUGAAGACUGUGUUCAAGAACGAGAAGAGAAUCAAGCUUCAGAUCUGGGACACGGCGGGCCAGGAGCGGUACCGGACCAUCACCACGGCCUACUACCGCGGGGCCAUGGGCUUCAUCCUGAUGUACGACAUCACCAACGGGGAGUCCUUCAACGCCGUGCAGGACUGGUCAACUCAGAUCAAAACAUACUCUUGGGAUAACGCGCAGGUGAUCCUGGUGGGGAACAAGUGUGACAUGGAGGACGAGCGUGUCGUCUCGGUGGAGAGGGGCCGGCGAUUGGGAGAACAGCUUGGGUUUGAGUUUUUUGAAACAAGCGCCAAGGACAACAUCAACGUCAAGCAGACAUUCGAGCGCCUGGUGGACGUCAUCUGCGACAAAAUGUCAGAGAGUCUAGACACUGAUCAGGCCGCCACCGCUGCGAAGCAGAGCGCGAGGCUCAAGGAGACGCCUCCCCCGCCGCAGCCCGGCUGUGGCUGCUAACCCCUCACGGGCAGCGGGGCCUGGCCACCAGCCAGCAGCAUCCACAGAAGGCCGGCAGCCUGCACUCACUGCCUCAGAGACGGGGAGAGCUGUGUGUCGAUGGCUGUUCCAUGCACUGAAUGCUUGGGCAACUCCCUGAGUGGAAAUGGGGCAAAUACGUGAUCUUAAAUCCACGAGACUCCACUCACACACACCUGGUAUUUGCAUGUGAUUUGUUCUUUGUCUUCUAGGGUCUUUAUGUUUCAGAUUUCUUCUCAGACUAGGCUACUGCUGGGACCUCAGGCUGUAAAUUCACUUCUGCUGACUUUGGUGCCACGGGUUCGAAUCCGCUGGUCACUGGAGGGGAUGGUAACAAGGCGUUGCUGUGUCGGGAGGGGAGACGGGAGAUCUCAGCAUACCUUGUUUGCUUUACUCUUAAUUGAAAAUCAAGUGGGCACAGGACUCAUACUUUCCGAGUAAAUUACCGUUUUCAGGGCAGGUGACUGU